AUGAGAUCUUGCCAUCUAGGAUCUUCGUCAAUCUGCAUCAAGUCUGGCUGCUCUUCCUCUUGUAUGCUUGGUUGGUUAAGGUGCUCGAUCGGGAUGGAGCGUCGAAAUUGGGUAUCAAGCGUUGAUCCUAUGCUUGCCAGUAUGUUUGCGUGCGCGUUCUCUGCUCGGGGCACCUGUUGGAUGGCGAAGGUAGAAAUGCCUUCAAUAACUCUUGGACUUUGUCAAGGAACAAGAUCAUCUUUGGGUGUUUUGCCAAGCACAAGCCAACGAGCAAUGCCUCGUACUCUGCCUCGUUCCAUCUACGCUCAACUGCUACAUGUCUCUAAGUUUAUCAGAUUCGGUGGAGGAGGUCUUGUCUGCUCUCGAACUUUCCUUGUUUUUGUUGACCAGCUUCUCUUCCUCGGCCGAUGGAGUGAAUUCUGA